UGACAAUCACCCCUCGCGGUGUUUGCCGACUGCAGCCGUGCGAGUCUGGAAAGUAUUGAUACAGUUCGGAUGAUACAGCCAAUGAUAGACGCGAUGCUCAUUCCUCCCGGCGCCCUGAGACUUCACGCAUGUUCAUCACGUACAUCGACCGCACAUACGCUCCCCCUAAUAAUUCUCGCUGCUACGACUCCAACUGGACUCUUCAAUCGCCCGUGCGGCUAGAAGAAGCGAACAUCGACCUAUUCAUCACAUCGCUCGCAAAGCCGUGAUACGACUGCCAUCUAUCAGCGUUGGACGGCUGGAGAAGACCCUUCUCGCUCAAUGCAAGUGGUGUGGAGGAUGAUCUCGACGAGGAUGAUAGUUGGAGUGGAGGGUCGCACAAGGGCCUGCUGUUGGCGAAAGGGUUAAAAAUUAAGUACUCCGGAUUUCGAGGUCGUUUUCAUACGUAUAACCGGGUCAGACAUCCUGCCGAGUAUGGUCAGGGUCGGUCUCAUCCGGGGUCGUCGAGGAAUGUCCACGGUUGGCUGUCGUAAGACCGAGUCCUCCACCACCCUGAAUUAUCCCAUACUCUCCGACCGGUCUCUCUUUAUAUGUGCCUGCUUACGCGGGUCUGCUCCCGUGGACAUCGGACGGAGUAUCCUUCUCCUCGUUGACAACCUCUCCGUCAUCCCGCAUGUGAAACUAAAAUUCAGACAAUCAUGGUCAGGCGCCAGGCCAUAUAGUCAGGCUGUAUGCAUCAUGCUUCCAUCGAGCGGGAUUGUCGAGAUGAUCUAUAGAACCUGCUUUGCCUUUAUAAAGCUGGUGUUCUUGAGACGUUGAACCGACCCUUCUCCGCUUCUCCAUCUUCCCCCUUUCCGCGCGUUCAGCUAUGAAGGCGUCGGCACUCCUCGCAUGUAGCGCGGUUCUGCUGCCAGCACUCCAGGUGCAGGCCCUCUGGCCCCUGCCGUCGAGUCUGGUGACGGGCACGACGCCGCUCAAGCUUGCCCACUCCUUCGACAUCCACAUCGCCCUCCCGCAUCCCCCCGCAGACCUCGUCGCCGCGGUGUCCCGCACGAAAGGCCUCCUCGCCAAGGACAAACUCGCCGCGCUCGUCGUUGACCGGGGCGCGUCGUCGGCUAGCGCGAUCUCCCAAGCCAAGAGCCUGCCGGCGCUCACCCUGACUUUGAGCAAGGGCGCUGCCGCGAACAGCAUCUCCGCCGAGGCGAUCGCGCCCAUCGAGCAGCGCGCCGAAGGCUACACGCUACUCGUCCCCGCCGACGGCACCGGCGCGACACUCUCUGCCAAUUCGACGCUCGGCUUGUUCCGCGGACUGGCGACGUUCGAGCAGAUCUGGUUCGAGCUGAACGGAAACACGUACACGCUGGAGGCGCCGUUCACGAUUGCGGACAAACCCGCCUAUCCGUACCGUGGAUUCAUGCUGGACACGGCCCGAAACUACUUUGCCGUCGCUGACAUUCUGCGGACCAUUGACGCGAUGAGCUGGGUGAAGAUCAACACUCUUCAUUGGCACAUGGUGGACAGCCAGAGCUUCCCCGUCGUCAUUCCUGGGUACACAGUGCUGUCUGAGAAGGGCGCCUAUUCGCCGUCGUCCGUCUACACCACCGACGACGUCAAGAACAUCGUCACGUAUGCCGCUGCCCGCGGGAUCGAUGUCAUUCCCGAAAUCGACACCCCCGGACACACAGCUGUUAUUGCCAGCGCGUUCCCCGAGCACGUAGCCUGCCCCGGAGCGACGCCCUGGGCAUCCUUCGCCAACGAGCCACCCGCGGGCCAGCUGCGAUUUGCCUCUGAAGCGACGCAAAAGUUCACUGCCGGUCUGCUGUCUGCUGCAGCCAAGAUGUUCCCGAGCUCGUUCUUCUCUACCGGGGGCGACGAGAUCAACCAGAACUGCUACACCCAGGACAAGGAGACGCAGGCUGAGCUUGCUGCUCAGAACAAGACAUUCCUUCAAGCCUUGAAUGAUUUCACGCAGGUCAACCACGCAGCGAUCAGGAAGGUAGGGAAGACUCCCGUCGUCUGGGAAGAGAUGGUACUCGCUGACCCGGUCGAUCUGGCUAACGACACAGUAGUCCUCGUGUGGAUCUCGUCAGAUGACGUCGCUGCCGUCGCCAAGGCCGGAUUCCGUGUGGUGCAUGCUGCCUCGAACUACUUUUACUUGGAUUGCGGACACGGUGGCUGGGUCGGCAACUUCCCCGCUGGCAACAGCUGGUGCGAUCCAUACAAGACAUGGCAGAGCAUGUACUCGUUUGACCCGCUGGCAAACUUGACCGAGGCGCAGCACAGCCUGGUGCUGGGCGGACAGUCCCUGCUGUGGACUGAGCAGAGCAGCCCGGCCAACCUCGACAGCACCGUCUGGCCCCGCGCGGCCUCUCCUGCUGAGUUGUAUUGGAGCGGGCCUGGUGGAGAUGUGGAGAAGGCAUUGCCGAGGUUGCACGAGGUCGUGUACCGGUUCCGCGCCCGGGGUGUCGCUGCCAACUCGCUGCAGCCGGAAUGGUGUGUGUUGAGGCCCGGCGCGUGUGACUUGACUGCAUGAGGUAGUAGCUUUGUGUUCAAGUCGUACUGUACCAAAGUAAAAUCGAAGUUGGGCUGCUCUAAUUUCCAGACCGGAAGAUCUGCACGU